CAGAGCUGCUUGUGGCAGUGCGUGAUCCAUCGGAUUCUGUUCACAGUCAAACAUACAUCCUGCCGAGAAGUCGUGUCCACACGAGCUAUAUAGUAUAUUCCGAUAACUUCAUCGUUUGCUGGUUGACGAUUCAAGCAAGUCUUUUACAAAAUUUCCCGUAAUUACUGAAAAGGCAUUUCCUUGAAGUCUUGCUGCAGCAGCUGUGCCCUCACAUUGGUCAUCUCAAUCAUGUGUGGAAUCUUUGCCAUUUUCUCCUCUAGCCUUCCGGAAAGCGACCUGCGACGCGAGCUGAUUUCCUGUUCUUCGCGGUUGCGUCAUCGUGGUCCGGACUGGUCGGGUUACAAGGUAAUCGAGGCCAAUGUCGAAGCUGGCAUUCCGCUUUCGCACGGUAUCGCCCACGAAAGACUCGCUAUUAUGGAUCCUGAGUCCGGAUCGCAACCGCUAGUUUCGCACGACGGGUCCUUAAUCGUCGCCGCUAACGGAGAAAUCUACAACUACAAGGAACUCUACGAGACGCUCGAGACGCCUUACAAGGCCAAGACGGGGUCGGACUGUGAAGUCAUUUUACCUCUCUACGAGCAGUUUGGUGCAUCCAUCGAAAUUCCUCGGUUGCUGCGAGGAAUGUUUUCCUUUAUCUUAUACGAUCGCCACAAUGAUUCCUUUAUGAUUGUUCGUGAUCAUCUCGGUAUUACACCACUCUAUAUUGGAUGGGCGAACGAUGGAUCCGUGUACGUGGCUUCCGAGAUGAAAAGUUUGGUAGGGCAUUGCAGCAAGUUCCAGAACUUUCCUCCAGGACACAUUUUCUGUAGCAAGGGAGAACAUGCGGGCGAAUUCCAACGGUGGUUCAACCCAUCGUGGGCUCCCGAAAUGAAGCCGGGCGUCCCCCUGCCGAAGCAACCAUAUCAAGCGGAUGUUCUCCGUCAUGCAUUUGAACGUGCCGUCGUUCGUCGUAUGAUGUCAGAUGUCCCCUGGGGAGUUCUUUUGUCGGGAGGCCUUGAUAGUUCAUUGGUGGCUGCCAUUUGUGCACGCCACAUUGGUCGCCGCAGUGCAUCCUUUCCCAAACUUCACUCGUUUACCAUAGGUUUGGAAGGUUCACCCGACAUUAUUGCCGCGAAGAAGGUCGCUGACUACUUGGGAACCAUUCAUCACGCUUACACGUACACCAUUCAGGAAGGUGCCGAUGCUGUGCGAGACGUCAUCAGGGCGCUCGAAACAUAUGACCUCACCACGGUCCGAGCGUCGACGCCAAUGUAUUUGAUGAGCCGUAAGAUCAAAGCCAUGGGCAUUAAGAUGGUUUUGUCUGGAGAAGGCGCUGACGAAGUCUUUGGUGGGUACCUUUAUUUUCACAAAGCGCCCAACGCGCAGGAGUUCAUGGACGAGACGAUUGACAAACUCAGCCGUUUGCAUAUGUAUGAUUGCUUGCGUUGCAACAAAGCAAUGAGUGCUUGGGGUGUCGAACCGCGUGUACCUUUUCUAGAUGCUGACUUUUUGGAAGUGGCCAUGAACCUCGAUCCGGAAGAAAAGAUGAUCCGUCUCGGUGAAGAUGUUCCAAAGGAGGACCGUCGUGCCGAAAAGUGGUGUAUCCGUAAGGCGUUCGACACCCCGGACGAUCCUUACUUGCCUGAUGACAUCUUGUGGCGUCAAAAGGAACAAUUUAGUGACGGCGUCGGCUAUGGCUGGGUUGAUCAUUUGAAGGAAGUUGCGGAGCAGGAGGUGUCUGACCAGAUGUUUGCAGCUGCAAAAAAUCGCUUUCCCCACAACACGCCUACGACCAAGGAAGGAUACCGCUAUCGCAUGAUCUUUGAGGAGAUUUUCCCGGGCGAAGCGCCGGAAAAGACCGUUCCAGGAGGCAAAUCGAUCGCUUGCUCAACUGAACGUGCUAUGCAGUGGGAUGCUUCUUUCGCGUCUCGGGCUGAUCCUAGUGGACGUUCUGCAGGAGUCCACAGUGCAGCGUACGACGAAGCCUUUGAGGCGGAUACCAAAGUUAGCGAGCCCGCUAUCAAGAAGGCUAAAGCGUAGGCCAAUACUUCGUUUCUAAUCUUGGUUUGCAGUCAGGCAAGCACUGAUAAUCAUUAAGUAAUGCAACGGAAAGUAUAAUUUGAGAAGCAUCUUUCACCUGUCAAUAGCUAAUAUUUAGUAUUUCCGUCAUUUAAAUU